AUGAUACCUCAUUCUUCUGCCGGCGUCCAAUCGUGGGGUCAUCCCCUGCGCGCCGUCAACAGCGGCUCUGGACAUGUUGAUGCUUCUCAAGCCGUGGGACCGCCCGACCCUCAGUUCGAGAAGCUACCAACACCUGUACCGCAGCCGCAACCCAGACAGCCGGCAGUCAUCGACCUUACAACGAGCGGUGGUGAUGCGCAAGAGGUGGAACCUCCGCCAAAAAGACUUAGGCUGGAUUUACCUGCGGCACCCUCUGCCCGAGAUGCGAGUCCUGUGCCGGGAAGCGCUGGAGAGCUGAGAAGCACACCAGGAACGGGUGGCUUAAAGCCCCCCUCACUUUCUUGGCGCAAUCGGCCGGUAUGGUCCUUCCAGGCUAUGCUGUCCGAGGUGCCGGGGAGCAAUGUGAUGAAUGAGGAAGAUGCGACAUCUGUCGCGCAGGGUGGGAAGCCUGCAUCGCCACCCUCUUUACCAGUUUUGCCUUGGAAGUAUGUUCCGGAGUCGCUGGGAGCCAAUCCCACCUUGUCACGAGCUGGUUCACCCGUGAAGGAGGUGCAGACGGUCCCCUAUCGUAUCGAGACUCCCUCAGUUGCACCGGUGCUCAAAGGAGAAAAGGUUGCGGAUUUCUCUCCAUGGACUGGGAACCACCCGGAAGAUGUUCUAAACGAGCAAACGGCAAAGCAGGGACACUAUGACCGUACUCAGGUAUCUCAGAACGAGUCAAACACCGCACGACCCUCGUUAUACGCACAGUUGAAGCACCGCUCCGGUCUGCAGAUGCUCUCUUCCGUUUUUGCCGCGGCUCUUGAAAAGAGACAAAACCAUAGCUUGGUGACUGUGCCGUCGACCUUUAAGCCACCUCCGCGAGUAACCCUAACAGAUAAUAAACGCGAGGCAUGGCUCCGUGACCUAGCUAACCCGUCUGUUCCUUUGCGCAAGUUGAGCCGAACGAUUCCUCAUGGUAUCCGGGGAAAGGCACUCCUGGACCAAUGCUUAAACAAAGGUAUCCCAGUUAGCCGAGCUGUGUGGCUUGCAAAGUGUGUCGGUGCAAAUGAGAUCCGUGCGUUCAAGAGGAAAGGAACGAGUGGCACACUAGCACUGGGCUUGGAAGCAAAAUGGGUCCGUGACUGGACAGCAACCGUUCAGCAGUUCUUGGAAGGCGUGCUAGGUGCCUGCGGCUCUGCACAAUGGAAAACGAAGAUGACAUAUGCGGUGAGCUUAACUGCUCGCUUGUUCUUUGAACGUCUGCUAGACCACGACCAGUACCUUGGAUGGUUUUUGUCCUCGCUAGAAGCCGCGCCGGUCAAUACUGUUCCCGUUUGGCUGCUGAUGCUUGGUAUCUAUUGGGAUAAUAUCAUACGAUAUCGGAAGCGUGGGCGGCGGUUAGCCGAAUUGCUGCUUGAGAAGUUGCGUCAGGUAAGUGCACUGGUAUUGAUGGUUAAUAUCCUAUUAAUGGGACAGCAGGUCACUCAGCCGGAAAAGGUUGGUGCAUUACAGCCCCUCAUAGAUCGAUUAUCUCUGUAUGUCAGGAGGCUUGUUCUCGAGCAUACCUCAUCUGUGGUCCUCCCAGGCUCAUGGGAAAAACACAAGGAGCUUAUAUCUUCCUGCCUAAACCUCAAAGACACUGUCCAUAAAACAAUUUACCAGAACCUCUGCGAGCGCAAUUCGCGGUUGCAGCUACCCAAGAACCACCAAGGGACAGCUGAACGGUCACCACAACAGCGUGUCAUUCAGCUAUUCGACUCCAUCCGCUCCGCGCACGAUAUCUCUUCCGCCUCGGCUGCAUGCCUGAAAACGCUAGAGGAUAAGGCUGUUCUCAUUUCCAAACUCCUCGAGUGGACAGCUACACCGUUCCGCUAUGGUCUUUGCCGUGUAUAUACAGGCGUCCGUCUUCUGCGCAAGUGGAAGAUGUCUGGGAUCGACGUUGAUUCAUAUAUCCUUUCUUUCCUCGCUGAUGUUCGAGUGACUAGCGCUCUAAACAUGGAAAACAUCUACCAUAUUAUUUCGGAGCUAGUCAGAUCUCAGACAUUCUCUGUAGGUAGGUACCUGCAAUGGCUGAUGGCAAAAGGUGUCACAAAUACGUCCCAGCCCGUAUCGAGUGACCUCUGUCUCCUAAAGCAACUGCCGGCCAAUCGCCUCCCAGAGCAUGUGCGUAACCUACGCAAUACACUCCUUUACCGGGCUGGAAUCCCGGUGAUGGAGGAGGACUCUGCCAUUGCAGAGCUCAAGUUAUCAAUUGCUCAACGACUGCCCAAUAUCUUUGGCGCUGAGAUGGGCAGUGCAAUGCCCAUCGAACCAUCACAGGCCAAUCCCACCUGGGCUGUCAAAUCUGAAAUCGGACAGUGGAUUCGCCGAGGAGUUGCUGGGCAUUACCGCGACUCACCUAGGAAACUCUCUGGGGUCUCUGUGAUGGUGGACCCAGGCGUAUCCGCCCUUACUCCCGACGAAUUCUACAGUGUCAGGGAGAUCUUAGAGACUUACGGUGAUCUCUCGAUGCUAGCAGACAUACUAAAACAAGCUACUCGUUGUGAUGACGAUGUUGUCCUGGCUUCCGUUGCCGAUACGGUCAAUUGCCAUUUUGACUGCUUCUGUGUAAUUGGCGCUACAGCUGAUCUUUUUAGGGGCCUUGUUGAGUCGUAUGCUCGUCUCAAAAGACUAGGCAAUGCAAGUUUGGACCUGUUGUUUUCACUCAUCGAGUUAGGGCUCCGAAUACCUAGUGAAUUCAACACCGUUGCUCUCUUGCGCCAGGACCUUACUCGCUUAGAGAGCAAGUCAGCUUUGGCAGCGCCAUCCCCGCUUUCAGAUAGCAUUCCCCUAGCGCUCAGUGAUGUCGAUCCUUCAUUUCAAGCAAAGUUGAACCAGCUCCUCUCGUCUGGGAGUGGCAUGGACGAAUCCACGAUGGAUGCGGUCUUCUAUUCGCUUAUACAUAUACUAGAAAGUAGCGGCAGUCCUGCAAAACUGUCAGCAAAUGAAACCGCUAGGUAUCUGGCUUAUCUGCGGCCGUUCCAACCAAAGCAUUUCGAUACUAUGCUGAUUCGUUGGAUAUGUGGACUUCUGAAGUCCUCUACCCCGUCAAUGUCUCGAAUCCUCCCUCCUCUCAUCGGAGUUGGCUGCGUCACCAUACAUGCUUUUGUGUUUUUGGUGAAAAAGCUUUUGCAGUCGGAAAAGGUGGCUGCUGUAAUUCCCAACCUGACUGGGUUGCGGGUGGAACUGCUUCAGCUUCUUGUUCCUCUAAUAUCAGGAAAAAGUAAAUAUGCUGACUUGGUCACAUACCGUUUUCAUGUUGCACAACAAGAGUUUUUUUUGAAGCACCCUCAGGAGACCCUCGAUAUAAUUUGCGAUGCAGUUGCAUUGGUUGAUUCAAAGGCUGGACUCGAUUCAAGACAGCCCGACAUCGCAGGUUGUGCAAUAGAGUUGCUCGAUAUCCUUCUUACACAGAAUCCUGAAGUUACGGUCCAAUACUGUCUGGAAGGCUUUAUUGGAAAAUACUCAACGUCAACAACCGUCCUGCAAAGGGCUCUGGAUAGCCUGUUGGGCUUUGACUCACUCGCUGGUCCACCUACUAUGUCCGAAGCAGAGAAGGUUGUCCGCAUGACUGAUGACUUCUCCCUUCCUUUUUGCCAGUUGAAACUCCAAAUGCUUUUCAAUGCAGAAUCUGGCCGUAAUGUGGGUAACGGUAUCGUUGACGUGAUGUUCAAGGCUGCUGUGGAAGAUACACGCUCGAAAGGAUCGAAUUGGGUUGGUUUCGUAGGCCUCAUGAGCCAAGACGUAAUAAGACAGAUUCGGGAGCGAGCUGAAAGAGCUCUCUUUUCUAUCCCACUAUUCGAAGAACACCUUGAAGCCCAUGGACCCUCGGGCAAUGCCAAGUCCUUGGAGACAGCAAAGCUGUACCUGACAAUAAUUGAGAAGCUUGCUUACAGUGUGCCCGAAGCUGGUGUACAGUCUGUGGCUCCCGUUCUCGUCGAGAAAAUGGAUCUACUUCUCCACAGGCUUGUUAUCAUGCAAACCAAUUUCAACAAUGUCACCGCGAAUAGACACGGCGCGGCUACGACUCAAAUUCUUCAGUCCCGCUCAAACUUCGAGAGGGCUCUCGCUUUCUGGUUCUCUGCUUUCCUACGGAUGAUUGUGAUUCACCGUUCUGCAUUCACUAUGCCAUCCCCUGCGCCUAAGCCCAACGGCCUGCAGGAACAGUCUCGUUUGCUAAUCUCGAUUCUUUGCAUAUCCCUUGCACGCCUUCCAGACAGCGUGAUACGUCUUUUCCCGGCAACUGACUAUUUCCCUCACCCAAUACCGUCUCAGGGCUGCCGUGCUUGUCCCGGAAUUCUGCUUCAGACCCAUGCAUUAGACGUCGCAGCCUCACUGAUCGACACGUUCCCGGAUGAGGCUCGGCAACAUUGCGCCCGUUUCCUCAAAGAAAAGUGCCCACCCUUUCUUCAGUAUCAGAAUGACUCGAGAUUUAUCUACCUUCUCGGUCCCAUGAGCGAUGCAGCAGCACUGAAUAGCUUGCAAGCUGCUUCUCUUCCAUCACCUGCCGCCGGUGGUUCUACUCCAACUCCAACACCGUCGGGCGCCCUGCCGGGCGCUCCAUCUAACCCACAAACACCUGCUAUGACCCCUGCAGGUUCCUCAGUUAGUCUUUCAGAAGGCAUUAAUUGCGUUGCCAGCCAUCUUCGCCUCCAAUAUCGGGGCCGUAUUAUGGGACCCUACCCGGUACGUCCUUGGGAGCUCCUUGAAGAUGCCGCACCGAUCGUAGGGGUGAAUGAUACCGCUGUGAACCUCAAAUAUUUCGAUGCCAGACGAGUUCGGGCUUAG